AUAGGAAGUAGAGUCACUGUGCUGGUCAACCGCUACAUCACAUUUUGUUGUCCAGAAACAAUUAUCAAUAUGUAUAAGGUUUCUGUGACUCCUGAAACAAGAUCAAGAUGUAUUAAAGAGGCAUUAGUAGAAGAGCUUGUAAAAAUAAGUCUUGGAAAGAAAGUGAUUGCUUUUGAUGGCACUCAUAUCUACACAAUCACUCCUUUCUCUUUUGAACUUGAAGAGGAAUUUGUCGUCAGCUUGAAUGAAGGUGAUAGUGAUGGUGCACCGAGGGUCAGUUAUAGUAUCACAAUCCAUUUUGCUAAGUCGCUGAAAAUGCAAGAAAUAGUCGAGUAUUACGAUGGAGAACGAAGUGGUGUCUCUCAGGAUACCUUACAUGCCAUUAAUGUUGUUGUGAGAGCAUUAUCUUCGAGUUGUCUCAAUGCGCCAACGACAUUUUUUUCAACCAAGUUUGGUCCAGUAAUAGACACUAAAGAGGGGCUGGAGCUAUGGCAGGGGUGCUACAAGGGAGUUUGCUUGUCACAGUGUGGUCUUGAUUUGACUAUAGAUACAACUGUAGCACCCUUUUAUAAACCAAUUUCAGUGGUCACGUUUGUCGGUGAGUUUUUGGGUAGAACUGACCUCAGCCGACCAUUAUCUCACAAGGAAUAUGCAAAGAUAGAAAGAGCUUUGAAGGGGAUCCAAGUUGAAACUAUCCACCAGCCUGAUAAAAUUAUGAAGUACAGAAUCAAAGGCCUAACUGUUGUGCCUUUGAAAGAACUCAUGUUUCCUAUAGGUGAUGAUGGCAUUAUGACCACCAUUGUUGAUUAUUACCAGAGUCGGUAUAAUCGCAACCUGGAAUACAUUCACUGGCCAUGUCUACAGUGCGGCGUCUCUGGCCGUCAGAUUUUUUUACCAAUGGAGGUUUGCAAGGUUGUGCAAGGGCAGAGAUACCGAGAAAAACUUAGCACCACACAAGCUGCUAAGUUGCUGAAAGUAACCUGCAAACGCCCUCAUACUAGGUUGAAAGGAAUUAUGAAGGUUGCCAAAAGCAAUUUUGACCUUGGAGAGCUCACAGAGGGGGAGUUCUCGGCCAGUGGGUUUCCCAAAAUGCUCUAUGGAUCUGUCCUACCAACACCAUUGUUAAAAUAUGGAAAUGAAGAAAAUUUUAUGCCCAGUGGUGGACGAUGGAAUAUGGUUAACAAGAAAUUGAUCGAUGGAGGAAAAGUAGAACGUUGGGCUUGUUUGAAUUUUUCAAAAGUGCCAGCUUUGAAGGUGGAGAGUUUCUGUACUCAGUUGAUCAAUAUGUGCAACGACAUGGGGAUGGUUUUUGAAGGACAGCCAUUGACACUGCCUCAAUCCACCAAAUGCAUGGACAUACAAUCUGCUUUGAAUGCUCUUGACUAUCAUACUUUGGAAUUGUUUGCUCACCAGGGAAGACCCAAGCGGUUGCAGUUGCUUAUCGUAAUUUUGCCAGAAGAAAAAGGACACUAUGGUACUAUUAAGCGCAUAUGCGAGACACAACUUGGGAUAGUAUCGCAAUGUUGCUUACCAAAGCAUGUGAAAGAACAUGCAAAUGCUGAAUACCUUGAAAACGUUGCGCUUAAAAUCAAUUUGAAGGCCGGAGGACGGAAUGCAAUUCUCCAGGAAGGAUUACCAUUUUUGUCAGGAAUUCCGACAAUCAUUUUUGGUGCGGAUGUCAGCCAUCCCUCACCAGGGGUGUACUCACCUUCUAUUUCAGCGGUAGUGGCAUCGAUGGACUGGCCCGAAGUUGCGACAUAUAGAUGUGUAAUCUCCGCCCAACUGCCAAAGCAGGAGAUUAUAACAAAUCUGUUUCAGGUUACUCAAGAUACAAAUGGUUGUGUAAAAACUGAUAGCAUGAUAAAGGAGCUUCUGUUGAGUUUCUACCAGAAGAAUCACCGUAAGCCUGAACGCAUUAUUUUUUACAGAGAUGGAGUAAGUGAAAGCCAAUUCAGUCAAGUUCUGCUUCAUGAAGUAGAUGCUAUCCGAAAGGCAUGUAUGUCGUUGGAUGAGUACUAUCUUCCACCAAUCACUUUUGUGCUUGUCCAGAAAAGACACCAGACAAGGCUCUUUCCCUUCGUGACGACCAGGGAUCCUGAACCCAAAGGGAUCCUUCCUGGAACUGUUGUUGACUACGGAAUCUGCGACCCUUGGGGAUUUGAUUUUUACCUAUCCAGCCAUGCUUCUGAGGGGAGCUGCAGACCCACGCACUACACUGUGCUGUUUGAUGAAAAUCGUUUUACUCCUGGCGCCCUUCAGUCGAUCACAUAUAAUCUAUGCUACACUUAUGCUCGCUGUACGCGUUCUGUGUCUAUAGUUGCACCGGUGUAUUAUGCCCAUCUUGCUGCAUCACGAGGGCGGAGCUACCAAGGCAACUUUGGUGAUGGUUCAAGCAUAAGGGAAACAACACCCAGUGAUGAACUACCUGAGUUCCUACAGCUCCCAAAGAUUGACGGGGAUGUAUUGGAGGUCAUGUUUUACUGCUGAGUUUGUCUUUGCCUCAAACUUUGCUUGAGUCACCUUUUGUACUAUAUUCAGAGUUGUGACUCAAAAAAUGUUGGGACAAUGAAACCUUUGGCUCAAUUUUGGUACCUUCAGAUUGUAAUUCUGGUAUCACCGGUUGUCAUGUACCUGUCUGGUGUCAUAUUGGCCUGCCCAUAUGUCAG